AUGAGCCGUAUCAGUAUGGCAAGGCAUCAAGCAGUGGUUGGUUAUCCCCUGAGCCACUCCCAAUGCGUGCAGAUGGGACGAUGGGACGUGUUGGUGACCGUGAUUCUAGGGACUUUGGCCAUGAUUGGGCUGGUCCCGGUUCUUUGCGGAGGCGUAAAUGUGGCAUUGCUUCUGCCUAGGAACUCACUCGCAAUUGCAACAGGAGUCGAGAGGUAA